CUGGGGUGGUGUCUAUUAUUUAAGAAAGAACCGCAGGGCUGCAAGCUUAGGGCUGCCCUGACAAAGCACACGGCCCCGGGUGGCUGCAGGGUAUACUCUGUGAGCUUUGAGGGGCCUCUGGCCUGCAGUGACUUGGGUGGACUGACCACCAGCAGCUAGGUGAGCCCAUCUAGAGCCACUAGUUAUGGGGAUGGGAGGCACCUAUUUAUGCAGCCAGGGUAGGAACGGGAAGACCAGGGCCUGGGGACUGCUUCUCAGUAGAAACUCUGUGGGGAAGAUUGUACUUCUUACCAGUCUUAGCAGAUACCUACCUGGAAGAAAUACUCCUUAUUUCCACGCAAGGAAAGCCAUGUGGCCCCACCUAACCUCCAGUGGACGGGAAGUAACCCUUUCCAAGUGUCCAGGAGAGAGGACCAGAGUGCUUGCGGACAGCUCUACCAACUCCCACACUCCACCAGAGGACAUGAUCCCUGGGCCGCAGGAAUUCUGGGAUGGGAGAAAGCAUCACGGCUGGCUUCCUGGAGGAGGGUCUUGCUCUGUAGUUCAGGCUGGCCUUGAACUCCUGCCUCAACCUCUUGAGUGCUGGGAUUACAGGUGCGUGCCACCACCCCAGCACCAGAUUCCCUCUUACGAGGACACCAGUCAGACUGAGGGAAACCUUGCCCUGGUCACUGCUGAAGGCCUGAGGGUAGAGCGGGGGACGAGCUCAUGCGACGAGAUCGCACCUGACUUAAAGCAGCGUGUUCCACCACGCUGGGACCUGGUGUCGGAGGGGUCUUCCCCGCCACUCCUUCAGAGGAACAGCAACUAAGCAGCUGACACCAGCACCCCAGUUGGCAGCCCACCUCCCGCAUUCCCGCCUCUCUCCUGUCAGCUGCAAGUCCGGAGGCCUUGCCACACCCCGCUCCUUUCAGCCCAGCCGGGCCACCUGCGCGGGCUGCCCAUUUCCCGGCAGAGGCUCUCUCGGGACACUCCGCCGCCACCUUGGGAAGCAGCACACUCCCCCUUCUGCACCACGGCC